AUGACGACGCACUUUGAGUUGCGUCUGGAGGCGCCCCCUGGAGCCGAGACGCCGGAGGAUCUCCUCGCCUCGCCUGCCUUCUCUUCUCUCCUCUCUCGCGCUUCUUUCCUAGGGUACAAAGUCGUCGCUGUAAACGUUAACCUCCAUCUGCCUUUGCCGCCGCCAGCCCCAUCUCUGCCAUUUUCUCAUCCUCUCCGAUAUCCCCUCCCGAUUCUCCAAACCAGUAAAAUCUAUGUAGCUAAAGGGGACGAAACGAGCUGCUCUUCUUCUCCUCCUCCUUGUUCUGCGUCUCUGCCUUCUCCUUCUUCUCCUUCUUCUCCUUCGUCCUCUUCUGGAACGUCCUCAACUUCUCGGCCUUCUUCUCUCUCCAGUCCGUUGACUUCUUGGCUGCCGCCUUCGCUUUCUCCUUUCCAUGUACACUGUGGAGAUCCUCGACAGUUGCGGCCGGAAAGCGGCGGCCGACUGUCUGUUUUGACUGUGGGGUCGCGAGUCGCAGAGCAACACCGGCCUGCCUCCGUCUCGCCUUCUCCCGCUCACGACGCGUCUCUUCUCGAACGCCUGCCGCCUUCCUUCGUCUCUCCUACUCUCCUGUGCGCACCGAAUAGGCCUCCUGCGUCCGAGUCUCCUUCUGCGGCGCCUGCGUCUUUCUUCUCUGCCGAAUCGGCGCCUGUUUUAUGCGUUCCUCGAGCGACUGAACUCUCCGCCGCGCCGUCGACGACAUGGGCAGACUUCUUGCCGUACGGAACAGCUGCGACGCAUGUGUGUCAGAGCUGCGUCGACUCGCGGCUUCGCCAGCUGAGGGCGGCGCGACAGGACUCGGCUUACCUCGGGGAUGAACGCAAAAACAACGACGCGAAGCCGACUCAAACGCCUCAAGCGCCUCAAGCGCCUCAAGCGCCUCAAGCGCCAGCUGCUGCAGCUGCUGCUCAACCGCGCGCGUCGGAGCUUCGAGACGAGAACGCGGCACGCAGGUCCGCUGCUGUUCAGGGAGGAGCGAAUGGCUUCGCGAGAGACGAAGAGCCGAGCAAAGCCGCUGCGCUUGCCUCAGCAGAUACUCCAGUCGAGGGAGAGACAGACGCGUCCUCUCGUUGCGCGCAGGCCGCGGACUGGCGCUCGCGACUGGUGAGUCGGGGACGAUGUUUUCUCCCGUUUCUCGCCUGCCCUCAAAGUCCAGUUUUCUCCUGCGACCUGCUGCAACUGCGACGCGUGACGAUCGUCCUCCACACUGUGAAUUCGGCUGCUUCCUUCGCCUCGCUCUUCCCUCCGAAUCCACCGUUUUACGCGAAGGAAACCGACAAGCGAAAUCCUCCGCCCAGCUGCAUAGACAUCCUCGCAGUGCAGCCCACAGACGACGCCACUUGGCAAUUCGCCUGCAGCAGCUGCGAGUGCGACUUGAUCGCCAUCGACUUCUCCGGAUCCUCCCCCGGCGCGGGAGUCUCUGAGAAGGCGGGGAAGCCGCGUACGCAGGCUUCGUUGCUCGCGGCAAGCCUCGACGAAGAAGAACGAGAAGAAGACGUCCGCGAGAAAGAAAUGCAGCAGCUGCGGCUCCCGUUCACUGUUCGAAGACGUCACAUCCAACAAGCUUUGCGGCGCGGUCUGCACUUUGAAAUCAACCUUGCACCGUUCCUCGCUCCUCUCUCUUCUUCUUCUCCUUCUCCUUCUUCUCCUUCUUCUCCUUCUUCUUCUCGCGUUUUUCGAGCUGCGUUAAGCAAUGUCCAGCAGCUGCUGCGCUUUGUGCCUCCCGAGCGGCUUCUGCUCUCCGCAGGUGCAUCCGCACCGGAGCAUCUGCUUCCGCCUGCGCUCGUUUCCGCUCUCUUUGCAGGCCUGAGAAUUAGCGCGGCCUCAAAAGUCUCUUCUGCGGCGGCGGUGCUUUCGCGAGGCGCCGCGAAACAGGCAGCGGGUGGCGGCUGUCUCGGAGGGUGGAUUGGAGCAGGUCUCUGAAAGAGAAGGUGCCUCCCGUCUUCGCGUUCUGCGACCCGGUCUCCGCUGCUUCUCUUGAACUCUUGCUUUCGGAGUUGGCGUUCUCGUCUCUUCUCCUCCGCUGAACGCUUGUGCGGAUGCUGGACAGUUUUGCCUCUUCCUGCUCUCGCGUCGCCUUCUGCGUUCUCUUUCUCUUGUGGGUGG